UUAUAAUCGAUAUUUACUCUAUGAUCAAUAAUGUAAACGAACUAUCGAUUCAUUGAUCUAUGAUCUAUUCAAUUAUCUAUGACCUUUGUAAAAGAUGGCGAGUCGCUAAUAAAAUUUCGAACAAGUAACAAGCGUUUCUCUUCUCAAGAUCCGACAUAACCACAUCCAACCAACAUAGUGGCCUCAUCGAGCCGAAUAUUCAGCGUUUUAUUCAAAAUUAGAAAAAUUGGUAAAAAAUAUGGAUAACGUAGAACAAUUAUUAACAGUGCUCCAAGACAUACGCCAACACAUUACCCGAAGUUACGAGAAUUUCAAGAAGACUCCAAAAAGUCGUCUGACCGAAGGAUAUGUUGAAACCAAAAUGUCGAUCUUACAAGAAUACUGGGUCGCCUUCACAAAUAAUCAUAACAGCUUAAUAAGGAUAGUAACGAAAGAACAAAGAAAAUCAUUGGAGUAUUUCAAGAACGAAGUAUUCGUCGACUGCGAAGAGGCCUACAUUCAAGGUAAAGCAGCUAUGAAAGAUUUUCUUCAGCCAGCACAUCCCCAAAGCAGCAGCAUACCAGCUAUCGGCAGCCCACCAAGUAUGAAGCAGCAGGUAAAAUUACCAAAUAUAGAAGUACCCACAUUCGCCGGUAAUUAUGAAGAUUGGCCAACAUUCCAAGACCUUUUUAUCUCCCUCAUUCACAAGAACGAUGGAAUUAGUAAAGUACAAAAACUACAAUAUUUAAAAUUGAGUGUCAGCGGGGAAGCAGAAAAUUUACUAAAACAUAUACAAGUAACGGAGGACAACUAUGAUCAAGCCUGGGAAGUGUUGAGGCAGCGAUAUAACAAUAAACGUCUCAUCGUAACAUCUAUUUUAAGGAAAUUAUUUAACCAGAAAAGGUUGCAGAGUCCAUCGGACAUCCUGUCAAAUAUUGUCGAUCAUCUAGCACUUGCAGGAUUUGUCACAAACGGCAUCACACGCUUCUUCAUCAUUCACCCACAGCGAGUACCCAAGGCAACUUACUUCAAGAAUACCAAACACAACAUUGCAAUACAGCGACUGGCCCCACAUACAAGGACUUGAGUUAGCCGAUCCAAGUUUCAACAUUUCAAGAUCUGUAGACCUACUGUUGGGAGUAGAUGUAUAUUCACAAAUAAUACUGAGUGAGGUUAUAAGAGGCCCACCGGGAACACCAUGUGCUCAAAACACCACAUUAGGUUAUAUAAUUUUUGGAACAAUAGAUGAUAGUUUACAAUCAACCCAAGAAAAUAUUAUAGUUAUGCAUCAAAUUACAAACCUAGAUGAUAUGUUAAAAUCACUAUGGGAAAUAGAUACAACUUCUAAAAGAAAAUUAACGCAAGAUGAACAAAUUUG